GUGGACGGCUACCAAUGUACGACUUGCCAGAAUUUCCAUCUACAGAAUGUGCUUUGGUAAUUUCUUGGACUGCUUUGAGGAGAUAGGCCCAACGUACUACGAAUUUGGGUCAGCCAGGCAGCCCCGUGAAUUGCAUUGGUCAUGGGUAAUUGGUCUAAGCAUUCGACUCGCUGUACAGCACGACCCUGGUUCUUCACACUUGCCAAUGUAUAUAACCCCUGUGGCCUUGGUCUGGUACUGUGCACCCUACUUGAAAGUAGCAAAUCAACCACUGUGGGAAGGAAUAAAUCGAGUACUGUACUAUUUAAUUAACUCGACUUCCAUCACUUCUUCCUUUCUACAUCAAAUCUCUCUUGAGUACUUCAACCCUCGUACAACAACAACGACUUACAAUAAUAUCUCUCCAAAUCAGCAAGAUGUCUACCUCGGACCUCUCUCGCUCUGUCAGCCCAGAUCAUGGCAGCACCCCAUCUCUCUCCCCUCCACCUUCCGAGACCCAACAGCUCGCAGCAGCCCUAACCCUGAAGACCGGCCGCGAAGUCCUCUCUCACUGUCUCGGUCUCUCCACACUUGAAGGCGUACCCUCGGCUGCCGAAAACAUGAUCGUCGUAAGCUUCGACACCGAGAGUUGGGUUGCCGACCACGGCCGGCUCACCGAGCUUGGUGUCUCGACCUUCGACUCUCGGCAUACGCGUGGGCUGAAGGAGGCUGGUAUGCAUGGAGAGAACCUGCUUAGGCAGGUUUAUUUCUACCAUGCGCGGAUCUUGGAGAACGCAUAUCUGCGUAAUAUCAAGUAUUGUGUUGGCGAUCCUGACAAGAACCACUAUGGUCAGACUCGCUUCUUGACCAAGAGUCAGACCAAGGAGAUGCUCGAGGAAACGUUCCAGUGGCCUGUCGAUAAGCAAAAUCCAGAGUUGGGUUUCUGUCCCGUUGUGGUGUUGGGCCAUGCUCUCCAUGGUGAUAUGGCGAUGCUGAAAUCCACAUUGGGCUUCGAUGCCAUGGCUUUGGGUACGGUGGUUAAGAUUAUCGAUACUCAGAAUUUGGCCAAGGAGUGCGAAUACGCCCCUUCUGGCAACGGCAAUCAGAUCGGUCUGGGUAACCUCGUUGCCAAAUGCAGUUUCGAAUAUCGAGAUCCGCAUACCGCUAGCAACGACGCGGCUAUGACGCUCAUCUCUGCUGUUCAGAUGCUGCUUCCUUCCGAGUUGAAGCCAAAUGACGGAGGCCUGCAGAAGGUUGUUGACAGCAUCGAGGUGGAUAGCCAGUGGCAAGAAUGGGAUUGGGGUAAUGAUCAGUGGUGUCUUCGGUGCGGCCAAUACGGUCACACGAGGGAUGACUAUCGCGGCAAGCGUUGUUUCGCCAAGGUCAAGUGUAGCCACUGUACUGCUUCUCAGGUUGCGAAACGCAGGCAGGCUGCGGGUAGUCAUCGAACGGAGUGCUGCAUCUCUUAUGCGAUGCGUGGACCGGAGGUG